AUGUUAAUGAAUAAAUCAAAACAACAAAUAGAUUUAAAUGAUCAACAAAAUAAUGAUCACCACUUUGUUAAUAUGAAUGGUUUAAUUAAAAAUAAUAGUAAUAAUAAUAGUUCUACAACACACAAUGCUCAUUGCACCGUAACACCAAAUAAUCACCAACAUAAUGGAAAUGAACCAAUAAUAAUUGAUGAUGAUUCAUUAACUAAUAAAACUAAACAAAAUAAAAAUGUUUCAUCUAUAUAA